CCACUUCCGAGGCAAUUUUUGCCUAUGUCUACGGCACCUAUUGUUUAUGCGACUGCGCCAGCGACAGGCGCUUGCUAUUGCCAAGCUGCGCCGGUGCAAUCAACUUGGACGACAAGUGUUGCUCAGCCUGCUGUGCCAGCCAGCAGCAAUGUCAUAAUCUCUUCGGCUACGCCUGCUGUGCCAGCCAGCAGCUACACAGCUGUCUCUUCAGCUAUGCCUGCUGUGCCAGCCAGCAGCAACGCCGUUCUCUCUUCUGCUGUGUCAGCUGCGCCAGCAAUGAAUGGUUUAAGCACUGCCAUAUCGGGGCAGCCAGCACUUCCAGCGAUGAGCAACGGUGUUGUCUCACCCCCGUCUGGGCCACCCAUGCAGCCGCCCAAACUGACAGAAGGGAUUCCUGAUCCUCAUGCCAUCGAGCAGCAAAAAAAUGCCUAUGCUCGGAGUUUGGAUGAGCAGCUGUCACAGGGCAUCCGGAUGAUCGAGCAGACCAACGAAGCAAAGAAGCAUGCAAUGCGACAGGAGUUAGACAUGAAGAAAGAGCAGUAUUUCAUGCAGGUGGAUCAGCAAUUGAAGGCGCAGGAGAUGAGCGUAGACCAGCAGGCAAACUACCAGCUCAUGGGCUUGCAACAAGCUGCCUUUGAAAGACGCGCCAUCUUAGAUCAACAGGCUGCAGCCGCGACCCUCGAAUACGAGCAGAAGCGGGUUCAAGAUGAGUUUGCGAGAACUCAGUAUGAUCAUCGCAGAAAGGCAGCAGAAAAGCAGGUUGAGAUGCACAAGGAGUUGGAAAGGCAGAAGGAGGAGUUUGGUCGCCAGCAAAAAGCCAUGCAGGAAGCGUAUGCCCAACAGGUCGCUGGGUUUGCCGCAGACCGUCAGGCAUUCGUUCAACAAGCGCAACAAGCAGGUUUCCAGGCAGCGCCCGCUGCAACUUCGGUGAUGCAGCCAGCCAUGCCGUGCCAGUAUCGUGCACCCUCAGACAAGUCUUCACGUCCCCGGACAAACUUUGCCAAAAUUGAACCCGGAGUCUUUCCCCCUUCAGCAACGUGAUGCCCUAACUCUGAGGGAUUCCUGCCGACGGUGCUGAUGUUGUCCUGUGGGCAGACCAUCACUCAGACUGGAUGCCAAAAGGCAUUCGCGGAUUCUUUUUUGGCCUGAGCAGAGAUGACCG